AUGGGUCCAAUUCAUCUGGAGUUAAAUCGCAUAUGCAAUAAAUAUAAUUCUGCUGAAGGCUACAAAUUUGGUGACAAAUGUCAUUUUGCUCAUGGUGAGUGGGAACUUGGCAAGCCUCUUGCUCAGACCCACGAUGAUCCUCGUGCCAUGGGACCUGGUCCAGGCCGUAUGGGUAAUUGGAUGAAGCCACACGCAGCACGCCCUACAUCUAGCUUUGGUGCCUCAUCUACUGCAAAAAUCAGCGUGGACGUAGCGGAUCAUGGAGGAGAACUUGGUGCAGGAGCAGGCGAGCCUAGCCCAGUCCCGCGGGUCCUCCUCAAGCUUGAAGAGGAUGUUCAGAACGACGUCGUCGGAGAGCUUCGAGAACAGGGUUCUGGCCAUCGGAUUUCAAAUUUAUCCGAGAAAUGA